AUGGUAGCGCUUCUUCUGCUGUUCCUGACUCUGCCUGUGGCAGUUUUCACAAAAGACGUGAAAUGUCCGGAUGGAUUCUUACAUUUCAAACGGACACCCACUGCAAAGAAUAACCAUACCAAGAACUGGUGCAUGAAAGUGAGUGUCUACGAGAAUGUGGGAAACCGAGAUAAUGCUAGAAGUGUCUGUCUGGACGAUAACGCUACAUUGACAAUCCCGGAGAAUCGAGAAGAGUAUGAAGCGAUUUCCGCAUUCAUCAGAAAAGCCAACAUUUCGGAGCCACAUGCCAUCGAUGGACAAAUUUCACAGAGAUGUAAGCUGAAAAUGUUCAGACAUCAACGUCUCAGAUUAGAAAUCAAUACCACGAGAUGGACAGGUGAUUGUAAUAUUAAGAAGAAUCUUUUCACAUUCGACGACGUCAACACUGACACAACUUUUGCCCUGACCCAAUUCGAAUGGAGUAUACCUAAUGGACAAGGAGCUACGCAACACGAUAGGGAUCCAAAGUUGUUUUGGGUGGACGAGUGUUUGAAAAUGAGUCAGACGCAUUACACUGGAAAUAGGACUGGUUUGCCAUUUGUUGAUUUGUCGUGGUGUAUGGGAGUGGAUGGAACGGAUAAGUCAGACUGGCGAUUCAAAUAUAGAAUUAUCAAUUCAGUUCUGUGUGGAAGACGUCCGUUGUGA